GGCUCAACUUCUCUCUCUCCUCUUUAGCUGGUUUCGGGUGGAGCUUUACGCAAAUCCCACUAUCUAUGGUAAUUGUAACCGGUCCUUCCGAAAAGAUUCCUCUCUUCUUCCCUCUCUCAUCCUCUUCAUCUUCUUUCCUUUCUGCUUCACCUUCAUGUGUGGUUUCGAUUUCAUUUCUGGAGGACAUAAACAGAGUUCAACAAUCUAUUCAAAGUUUCGGGUUUUGAGGAAUUUGCUUGGUUGCUGAAAGGGCACAGAAAGAAGCAAAAGGAAGAAGACAAGGAGAAAUGGGGAAUAUCGGUAGCAGCAGCAGUGCAGCGGUUUAUAGUAGCAGGAGGAGACAAGGAAUCCAUCAUCAUCAUCAUAAUAGCCAUCCACCAACGCCGCCCCCUCAACCUCCUCAACCUGAAAUCACCGGAAAUCGCUACGUUUUCGCAGCUGCUACUCCUUACCCUCCUCAAUACCCUAACGCUAACCUUAACCCUAACCCUAACCCUAACCCUAACCCUAACCCACCUCACUACUACCAAUACUCGGGCUAUUACCCACCACCACCGCCAUCGAUGCCAGUCCCGUUGCCCGCACCUUUCGAUCACCAUCACCGCCAUGCUUCUGCCGAUCCUGCGGCUCAGGUGAACUGGCUUGGUGGUGGUCGCUACCCUUGUGGAGCUGUUUCCCUUCCCCCUCCUUACGUGGAGCACCAGAAGGCCGUUACGAUUCGUAACGACGUUAAUCUCAAAAAGGAGACUUUGAGGGUGGAGCCCGACGAGGAAAACCCCGGCCAGUUCCUUGUUGCCUUCACCUUUGAUGCCACUGUUGCUGGAAGCAUUACUGUCACCUUCUUUGCAAAAGAAGGUGCAGACUGUAACCUUACACCAAUUAAGGAGAACCUGCAACCAGUCACAAUAUCCUUCGAACAGGGUCUGGGUCAGAAGUUCAGGCAACCGUCGGGAACUGGAAUCAACUUCUCAAUGUUUGAAGAGACUGAAUUAACAAAAGAGGGUGAUAUGGAAGUGUAUCCCCUUGUUGUGAAGGCGGAGGCAUCCCCUCCUGACCAUAAUGGAUCUGAGGAAGAAAACCAGAGGCCAGGAACCCCAAAUUCACAGAUCACCCAAGCGGUGUUUGAGAAGGAGAAAGGCGAGUACCAUGUGAGAGUGGUGAAGCAAAUUCUGUGGGUGAACACCAUAAGGUACGAGCUGCAGGAGAUUUAUGGGAUAGGGAAUUCAGUUGAAAGUGACUUUGAUGGAAAUGACCCAGGGAAGGAAUGUGUCAUCUGCCUGUCAGAACCGCGAGAUACAACUGUCCUACCUUGCAGACACAUGUGUAUGUGUAGUGGCUGUGCAAAGGUUUUGAGGUUACAAACAAACCGGUGCCCAAUCUGCCGGCAACCAGUUGAGCGGCUUCUGGAGAUAAAGGUCAACAGCAGAUCUGAUGAAUGAAGAGAGCUGGUGUUGCCGAUGGUAACAAUGUUGUAAAGUUAUGUUAUAUGUAUCUUACACCUCUUUUCCAUUCCGAGCUUGCAAAAUAAUCAGACUGUAAGUAUGAUAAGGUAUCCAGUUUUUUGGGGCUAUUCCUUGGGAGAUAAUGUUGUUCCUCCUGAGGUUGUAUUCGUCCCUGAAACACUAAUCCGUGGCAGUGGUAUUGCUUUUUCUCAACACAGGUGAGCAAGAUGGUGUUUGGUCUUUUGAAUCCAUCAUAUGUAUAUAUGUUAUUUGAAGAAAUGCCAGAGAGAUUGAUUAACCAAAGUUGGUCGAUAGCUUUU